AUGGAAAAUGAAGGGGAUAGCGCUCGCGAAUGCAAGGAAAUGCGAACUCUUGGUUUAUCAAAAGCAUUUGAAACUGAAGCAAUUAAUGCGCAAAUAAAAGAUUUAGAAGACGAAAUGGCUAUGAUUUUAACUGAUAUCGGUCGUAUGGUGCAAAUGAAAUAUAAAGAUGCGAUUCCGGAUUUGUCAUUUAACAGUUCUCUCGUCGAAUAUCUGAAAAGAAUGAACAGUGUUGUUCAGCAGUCCAUAGAUAACAUUUCACUUGAAACUGACGAUAUAGACAAAGCAUUAAAUUCUCACGCCUCACUUUCAUCACGUUUCUCAGUCUUAAAACAAUGCAAGGAAAAAGUAAAGAAUAUAUUAAGUAUUGAAGAAAUUAUCGCUCAGCUUUGGUUGCCAUCGUUUAACGAUAAUGUUUUGAUCAAUACGAAUCUCAUCAUUGAUUUAACAAAGAAAUUACAAGAACUACGAAAGAACGAUGAAGCCGAUAUUGAAAGUAUAUUUCUGGAAAAAAUUUUUUGUUCAAUACAAGAUGAAAUAGGAACUAUGCGAAUAGCGCUGCAGUAUACCUUAAAUACAUUUUGGACUAAUUUAUUCUCAUUUGGAAUGCUAAAUAAUGGUGAAGUCAUGACUUUGGAUAUUUCAGUUGAAAACGAUAUAGAAGAGAAGCUAACCGCAUUGCAUAUUUGUAAUAUGCUUGAUGAAAAAAUUACUCAGCUGUGCACGUCGAUUUUGCAGCAUUUCUGUUUGCCAAUUAUUAAAAGUUCUAAUCCACUUGAAGUAUUCACAUAUAUGGGAGAAAGAAAGUUCACAAUAUCAUGCAAGGAAUAUAUUAUGCGAAAGGUUUCUGGAAACAAGGAAUCAAAGGAUAAAAGCAAAUCUAUUUUCUUAUCACUUAAAUCUUUCUUCAAACACUUUUGUCACGAAUUUGAAUCAAUUCACGUUAAAGGAUUACCUUUUGUACAACUAAUCGGCAAAAAGAUGUCAAAUGAACUCAUUAGUACUAUAGUUCGUGAAUGUCUUGUUCCAGCCGUCCCUUAUGAUCCAGAACAAAUGCCAUUUUUCGAUAAGUUGCUUGAUGAAGCAAAGCAAUUUCACAAAAGUUUAGUGGAAAUGGGCUUUUUCACAGAGGACACUGUUUCAUUUGAAACAUUCGCUGAAGAUUAUGAAACAAUUUUCAUUGAUCGUCGUUGCAAAAAAAUACUUGCUAGUGCACGAUCAUUAAUUUGUAAGCCUUACACCGAGUUAGCAACGGUUGGGUAUGACCAAGAUGAAGAACUACAGACUGUGAAAGAAUUUUCCAAAGAGCAUUUGGCUAAUCAUGAAAAAGGUAUGAAAUGUGAUGAACAAUAUCCAAAAUUAUUGCGAUUUCUUUCCUGUAAAGUGAGUUCUUCAUGUGUAGAACUGGUCGAUUUGUUGCAGUCGGUUUUACAGUCUGUAGCUACAACGGAAUCAGAAUCUAAAAUGCUUAAAAUGCUUCAGACUGCUCGCAAUAUUAUAGAUCUAUUUAUAUCUCUUGCACCACUAAAGCAUCAUAAUGAAAUUACCACUUUACCACAAAUGGCAGCUAUUUUCUAUAAUAAUUGCUAUUAUAUAAGCCAUCGAAUAAUGAUAGCUUCGAUUUCUGUUGAACCCAAAAUCGCAGUUGCAUUAAAGAUAUAUGAAGUAGUUAAUCAAAUAUUUUUCCAACAGGCUACACACUGCGAAAUAACAUUUAUUAAUGCAAUUCCAAAGUUAAGAAAAUUGGCAUCUAAUUCAUUGGAAGCGGUUAUUGCUCAGUGCCGUCGACAGUUGUCGAACAUUUUGUCCGUCGAUGGAUUGUUUAUCGGUUUGGAUGAUUUUUAUCAGAGCGGCAAAUGUGAAAGGACUUUGAAUGCCUGUGUUCUUUAUCUUCAACAAAUUUCUAAUGUUUGGAAGGAAAUAUUUUGUCCAACAAUUCUUUCAAAAUGUCUUGGCAAUCUAGCGUCAUUUUUUUUCGACACUCUUGCGAAGAAAAUAAUCGCUAUGGAAGAUAUUCGAGAGCUUGAUGCUAAAGUUAUGACCAGAGUAUUAGAAAAUAUGAUAAAAGCUGUCGAAGAACUUUUAGUAGAUAUUCUUGAUCGUUGGUGCGAUGGAAAAGGUCCUUUAGCACAGUGGUUUAAUGCCAAUGAUCUGGGACGGUUAAUUAGAGCAUUAUUCCAAAACACUGAAAAAAGAGCCUUGGCAUUAUCAAAGAUAUAUUAA